AUGGUCCGGGAUCCGGCCCCCAACCGGCCGGCACGGCCUGCUCUCGGCGGGCCCGCCCUUUCCUGGGCGACGUCAUCGCCCCGCCCAGCAACCGCCCCGCCCGGCGGAAGUGCGCUCGGCAACUUCGCCCCAGCGAGGUGCAGGCUAGAGCGGCCCCGCCGGCACCGGGCGCUUGACUCACCGCCCCGCCCCCGCAGUCUGGGGUCCUCCUCUCCCUCCAGCCCUGCUCCUACCCUUGGGGCUCAGUGGGUCCCACGGGGGCGAGCAGGGGAGGGGCUGCCGAGCAGCUAUAGCUGGAGCCCCCUGCGGCCCACCACUCGCCUGUCGUCUGCGGAGCCCCGGCUCGCUGAGCUCGCUGCUGGCCUGCCUCGCCCGGCGGCCGUCCCCCAGAGCACGCUGGCGCCGGGCCCCAGGCCGGGGGCCCCUGCAAAGUGGCCCAUGCUGGCAUUACUGCUGAUUUUGCUGCCCCUGCCCGCUGGCGCCUGGUACAAGCACGGGGCGAGUCCCCGCUACCACACCGUGGGCCGCGCCGCGGGCCUGCUCGUGGGGCUGCGCCGCUCGCCCUAUGCGUGGCGCCGCGCGCUGCGCCCCGCUGCUGCCGGGCCCCCUGCCUGGGCCCCCCUAGGCCUGAGCGCGCCCUCCCGGAAGAUGUCUACCAGGGACCUCGUUCCCGGGCCCGCCGCCCGCGAUGCUGUCCUGCUUCCCUGCGAGCUUCAGGAACUGCGGGAGGCGAGACGCAGGAGCUCCAGCGCAGGGCUCCCCGUCAGCGCGCCUCCGAGAGCGCGUCCCGGAGCCCGCGCCCGCCCCGCAGCCGCAGCUGGCAGACCAUUCCUGGACCUCGGAGGGGCAGGCUAGAGCCUUCGGAGAGUCUCCGGCUCAGCCACGGUCUGCGCUGCGAACUGCCUUGGCCUCGCCCCUCGGCCGUCCUGAGCACAGCCCCUGCCUGCCGCACCCCCGUGCCUGAUCCAGGCCAAGUCGCUUCGGCCUCCAGGGCGCGCUGCCCUGGCCAGGCGGGGCCAUCCCGUCAGUAAAACCCGCCUUGUUCUUGC